ACCCGGGCUAUGACAGGCCUCAUGCGCGAGCGAGGCGCUGCCGUGUCUUAUCACAUCCUCCAUCGCCUAUGGAUUGGAGGCCGCACUCGCACUGGUAGAUCUUCAGAGCACAUCAUACUCUUCUCUCCGACGCAGCAGCCUCUGCUCUGCGAAGACCUAUCGGGACAGCCUUCCCUGGUGCUGGGUUUCUUCUAGGGCAUAAGUACUGGGCCAGACCAUGGCUACCGCGCUGCACAUCAACACCAUCCACGACAUCAUCUCCGCCGUCGAGCAGAGCGACUCCUCUCAUGGCAUCUUUGCCUCCAGCUCCUCCAUGCGCAGACGUGCAAGAUAUCUCUCCUCUGAGGCACAUACACUCCAUUCAAUGCUCAGAUUCCGCGGAGAGAUGGGCACGACGGACAGGGCAGAGUACGAGUAUUUGUACGAUCACUACCAACGAGCUGCAUGCGGUCAGAACGCAAGGUCCCAACUCGAAGCAGCCCAAGACCUCUGGUCGUUCGCCCUCUACCAAGCCAGAGACACGUCGCACAGCCUCAUCACCGAAGCCGGUCGAAACCAUCGCACCCGCGACACGUCGAGGAACCCGCCCCGCGCGCCCGUCGUCCCACCCGACACUCACCAGCACCAGCACGUCAGUGCGCCCGUCAUCCCACCCGACACCCAAUUACAUACUCAAAACGGGCAACGGCGACAGGGCACCCCAGCCCCGCCCGAGAUGCGACAGCACCAGCAUGUCUUCAACGCGCCCGUCGUCCCGCCCUCAGCGCAGACGCAGACGCAGACUCGGACACGGCGACACGGAGACCCAGAGGGCACGUUCGGGCCAGUCCCCGUCGUUCCGCCCGAGACCCGUCACCACCGACAACGCUCCCCCGCCCCCGUGGUCCCCCCUCCUAUACCGGUCGCCCCGAACGACGCAAGCGGAUACGUAUCUCGAGCUCACCUCCGCCCGCCUCUUCUCCCGCAGCUACAGCAUGCGCCUGUGGUCCCGCAGAGCAGUAGCCGGGCGGACGCUCAGUCGGCAGCGCGGGCUCCGUCAAACGCACCCCAGGGAGACCGGCAGAGAAGUCGGGCUACGGGCAGACAGACGUCGUAUGGCCACCGCGUGCCCACAGGUCAUAGCAUGCCUCCGCCGCCGCACUUCUUAUGGCCCCCUCCGCCACUGCCCCCGCAGCCUCUGUUCGCGCCUAUGCCGAUGUCAAUGCCGGCGAUGGUACCCGUGUUGAUGAUGCAGCCCGCAUAUCCACCGCCGGUUGGAGAUGGGUGGGCGUAUCAGGCCAUACCCAAGCCGCGAUAGCGGAAGGGCCCCCUAGUCCCUGUUUGCGCAGGCUGAUGUCCCGGCUUGUGGGCUUCUAUCUUCCCUACUCGGUCUACACUUCGAGCCAGUCAUCGUACACAUCCCACUCCCACCUCCGCUCACAAGACGCUCCACGAGACGUGCACCGCCGCAGACUUCUCCACCGACUUCACGAAAUACUCGAGCGUCGUGCCCAUAUGUUCUUUCGCCCACGCAUGGUGGCCCUGUCAACACACUACAGU